GAUUACCUUCCCUGUUUAGACUCGAGAUGUUGUAAACGCCAAAGGAAACUACUUGUAUGCUUAGUGAAGGACUAUAGAUUUGUAAGCAGCAUACAAAUAUGGCGUUUCAUACAUUGUAAUCUUUCCUAUUGGUUUACUGAUUCCUAAUAAAAGCACUACGCUCGAGGCAGGUGGAAACUCACAGACACUCGAAACCAUGUGACGUGCGUGCAGAGAGAGGGCGCACGGUGUUUGAUUCCGUCAGUCUCUGGUGGUUAUUAGGGUGUGUCCUGUUUAGGGCAGAGAGAGAGAGAGCGCGAAAGAAAGGUAUAUUGGACAUCGAAGUGAAGUUAACAACCAGUUCGAUCGCGGUAGGACUAGAUACACAGACCAUUCAUUCUGUACAAAGUUCACGGAGAAUGGCCUCCUCUCGAAUACUUUCCUGUUUAUUGUUGCUCGGUUGCGCGUGUGCAACAAAUCCGUUUCAAGGUAAAGAACGAGGGUUCAUCGGGUUGGUUGACCCUCAGGAUGCCGACCGUGUUACAGUGUCCAAGGCGACCGCAGACACGCUACGGAGCAGUCUGACCACGGUGUUCCUCCCCAUCGUCUACAUAGUGGUGUUUGCUGUGGGGCUCCCCACCAACGCCAUGGCCAUCUGGGUCUUCCUGUUCAGGACCAAGAAGAAGCACCCUUCCGCCAUCUACAUGGCCAACCUGGCUCUGUCCGACCUGCUCUUUGUCAUCUGGACUCCCCUGAAGAUCGCCUACCACCUCAACGGCAACGACUGGAUCUAUGGAGAGGGGUUGUGUAAAGUCCUGGUGGGCUUCUUCUACGGGAACAUGUACUGCUCCAUCCUCUUCAUCACCUGUCUGAGUGUGCAACGCUACUGGGGUGUGGCCCAUCCUCUAUCUCAGCAGAGGAAGAACAACAAAGUGGCGGUCGCUGUCUCCGUCUCUAUCUGGGCCUUCAUCUGGCUCACCACCACCCCUCUGUACCUGUACAACCACACGGCCAAGCUCAAGGACCCGAACAUCACCACCUGCCAUGACGUCAACAUCAUCCAUGAUCUGGAGGACCCCUUCCCUGACGUAGCGCUCCCCUACUUCUACUUCGUCCUCAUGGCCGGCAUCGUGUUCCUGGUCCCCUCGCUGGUCAUCAUCCUGGCCUACAUCCUCCUCCUGAGUGCUCUCGGGAACGCCAUGACGGACGGGAGCGCCGGGAAGAACCGCCGGAAAGCCGUGGUGCUGAUCGUGACCGUGCUGGUCACCUUCCUGGUGUGUUUCAUCCCCAGUAACAUCAUGCUGGUCGUCCACUACUCCCUCCUCAAAGACGGGGUGGUCAACAACGGCUACGGCUUCUACAUCACCACUCUGUGUCUGGCCAGCCUCAACUGCUGUCUGGAUCCCUUUAUCUACUACUUUGUGUCGGAGGACUUCAGGGACCAUGUGAAGAACACACUGCUGUGUAGGAGCAGCAGGACGGUGGAGAGGAUGAGGGUCUCCUUCAGCUCCAUGAAGUACUCCAGGAAGAGCAAGGCCUACGUGUCUGAGUCUGGGAACACGCAGAGCAGUACCUGCUAGUAAUGGAUGACUUGGGACAGACACUGGCAGAGGGUCGUUGAAAAGACGAUUCCUCUCUUGUAUGAAUAUGGACUGUGAUGCACUGGAACUGACUGUACGCGCCUUGUAAAAAUGUAGAGACCUAAAAAGGGUCUCCUGUAACUGUUGUGAAAUAGAAUUAUUUACAAGAAAGGGAUCAUGAUGGUGUGUUAUUGACAGACGCACAACCUGACUUCUCACAGGACCAGGACAUGGAGUCCAGAAGAGGAGAAAAUGGGUCUCGGCACAGUAAGCGAACCACCCAAAAGAGGAACUAUAUUACUUAUCUGUCUGACAGUGUGUCCGAAGGAGUUUUAGUAAGUUUUAAGUUAGGACUUUGGCCAACGCUGAGUCACCUUACACAGACUACUAGUGAAAAUGGCUGAAUAUAUGCAUAUAUAGCCUGGACUUGUUACUCCUUUUGUGAUUUUCAUAUGAAUGACGUUAGAGGGCAAAUGUGAAAGAUGUAAAUAUCUAGUUAGAUAUUGUCUUAAUGUGACGAUGAAGAGGUCAAACACCGAUGCAUAUCGGACAUGUUAUUGCCUAGCACAUGGGGAACAACAUGUCUGAUGAAAUCCCCAGUGAGAGACUUUUACAUUGUACAGUUAAAUGUCAUGCAGUUAGGUGUAAAGUAUUGAGUACUAUGGUGAUAAGUUACCCAUAUUUUAGAGGGGCAGUGGUGGAGCCAAACUGGCUUUAAGUCUAUAAUCUACAUGUGUUCUAUGCCUUUUAUACCGUGUAUUUGCCUCAGUCAGAUCAUGUAGGCCAGACAUAUUAACACUGUGCAUUUUUACUUUUGUGCCAUUGUUUUAAGCCAUUCAAAGUUGUUGUUUUUUUAAAGUUUGUUUUGUUUCUUAAAUAAACGUAUGACCUACAAUAAACUUAUGGUGUUA